AUGUCUCGUUAUCGCAGUGUGAGACGCACGCAGGAGCAGCAAGCGCAACUUUCGCAGGAGCAUUCCGCACCUCCAAUGCCACCGAUGCCCGCCAUGCCCGCGGCGCAUGCUCCAGAAGACGCUUCGCGCGAGACGCCCAAUAGCAACAUAGGCAGGAGCAUGAGCCGUUACCACCGCCGACCUCCCACCGCGCACGCGACCGGCCCCAACGCACCGCCCCAGCGCUCCAGCACCGCCCCGCAAGUCCCUCCACUACCCCGGACUUCGCUGCCACCUCCCUCGUCUGCCCGCCACCGCGCCGUGAGCACACCGCCGCAGUCACCACCAGCAGGGUACAACAUUCAGCCCCGCCCGCGCACCGCCAAAUACAGCGCAGACUCUGCCAGAGACGCUCGACAGUAUGCGCAGGCGCAGGACGAAGACCCGCGAGUCGUCUUGCAGAGAGAAAGGGAGCGCCAGCGGCUCUUGAAGGAGAAAAUGGAGGCAGAGGCACGCGCCCAGAAGGAAGCCAAGAUCGCCGAGAUUGCGCGACUAGACCAGCUGCGACGGGAGCAAGAGGAGGCUGCGCGCCUGGAGGCUGAGCGCGUUGCUGAGGCAGCCGAAGCCCUGCGACUGCAAAGAGACGAGGAGAAGGCCGAGAAAGAACGCGGCAAGAAGCUGCGCAAAGCCGAGGCCCAGAAGAUGGUCGAGCAAAAGAAGGAGGAAGAGCGCAGGGCGAAGCUGGAGAAGGAGAAUAAGGCACGCUUGGAGGAAAAGUCGCGCGUUUUCCAAUCUCAAUCCUCGGGAUCACCUCCUACAUCGCCUCCACGACACGAGGGGCUGGGCUUGUUCAAGCGGCGUAAGGAUGAGGGCCUGUCACUUCCGACUGAGGAGCGACCGACUUCUGCGAGGCCUCAAACGACAAGGCAGAACAGCUCGAACGGCCAGGAACCUCGACCUCGAACGGCCAGACAAACGAGCAGCAGUCAGCCAGACGCUAUCCUGGUUGGUGGCGGCGGUGCGGUGCUCGGCAUUGAUGCUCCAACGUCGGCAGUCAAUGGUGGCGAAAGGCGAGUCACAGUUGUUUUCAAUAAGAAACGGAUUCAGCUGCCAGUAACACCCACGACGACUGCGCUUGAUCUGUUCAAGUCAGCCGACGUCAUUCUGACAGACACGGUUCCGGUGCGAACAGCUGUAGCGCUGGAAUGGUUCAAGAAGGUCGACGUCAAGCGGCCACUACGAAACUACGAAUAUGUGCGCGAUGUCAUGAAUUCUUGGGAUUACGACGACCAGAACGAGCUCAUUAUCACCGACUCAACGAUCGACGGCAUUGACCAAGACGAACUGCUGUCCUAUGGUGUGCCGGAGCAGCGGCCCGAAGGCAUGUCAUGCAUGCUCAACUACUCAUCAAAGCCAGGAAAAUGGACGAAACGCUACUUCCUUUUACGACCAGACGGCCAGCUCGUGACCGCCAAGAGCGAGAAGGCGAGAGACCAGGACAAUGUGUGUCAUCUCACUGACUACGACAUCUACCACGUCACACAAGCGAAGUGUGCAAGGGUGAAGCCGCCAAAGAAAAUUGUCUUCGCGGUGAAGAGUCUGCAGAAGUCCAACAUCUUUGCGGAUGAGUCGCAGUAUGUCCACUUCUUCUGCACUAACGAUAGAGGCAUUGCAGAUAAGUUCUGGAAAUCUCUGCAAGGCUGGCGAAGCUGGCACCUCAAGUACGAGAAGGGUGAAGGACUGAAGCAAUCACCGGCCACGAAGAAAGUCCUGGACAGCGUUGGACCUGGCAUACUGCCGGGGGCUCCUUCUCACACCCGUGGCGAGUCUGUUGGGUCACAUUAUCAGCUGGGUGCUUUCACCUCCCUCCUCGACAUGAGCGACUUCAACAAGAAGCUGGACGAAAUCGAAGUUCACAAACCAGGCGAAUACCCAGACGAUGCACCACUUUCGAAGCUUGGAGGUGCACAAGCCAUUCAUGCCAGGAAAUCUCUUCGCGUCAAGCAGCCGCCACCUCUCAGUCGUGGUCUUGCUGCGCUCGCAACAAACAGUGCCCCUGAGGACAACGGUCGUAAGAGUUCGAUGACGCACAGUCAAAAAUCGCAGGAGGAAGAAACAUUCGCUUCUGGUGGGCUUCUCGGCAGGACCUACACAACUCGUCAGAAGGCAGCGCAAGAUCGCGAGCAGAGGCAGAAUGGUGCUUUCACGGAGGGUCCUUCGCUAAUCAGCAAUAUGGAUCACCUAGCUGUGCAGAGCGGAUCUGGCCUCAAUCGCAGCUCUUCUACGCGGAGCAGCCAUCAUCGCAGAACGUCUAGCGAUAUUCGGCGCACCGCCUCCAAACGCAUGCCCGGAAUGCCACAGCCUCUGAUUGACCUGACACCGCAGUAUAAGCCUCCACCACAAUUCUCCAAACAAGGCAAAGGAUACCACCCAGGAGCGAAUGCAGGUCCACUCGUAGAAAGCGCCACGUCCAUGGAGGAGCCCAUCAGCAUUCCUUCAUCUACAGAUUGGCGCGCGAAACCCCGCCCUGUUUAUGCUCCGCAGCCGAACGAGCGCACCAAGUCAUUGAAAGGUCGUGGCCAGCCAUUGGCAGCCUACACUGUCAACAACCACAGCGGUGCACCUCAGGACGACCGGGAAGCGUUCACUGGCGGUUUGUUGUCGCAGGCUGGGUAUGCUCAGGGUCAUGCAGCGGUCGGUCGAGGAGUCAUGGAUGGGUCGAAGGCACGUGGGCCUAUGCUGGAUUUUGGAGACGAGCGACAGUUCCAGUCGGGCAGUCUGUUAGCGAGCAUUCCAAACGCAGCCGCGCCUGCCAUUGACCGUUCCGGCAGGUAG